UGGCUACUGGCUAGAGCCUUCAAGAACCUACUCCUCCUGCUGUAGCAUCCACAGGAAAGGACCAAUACCUAAGUAUUUAUAGAUAAGCCGGAUUAACCCAGAAAAAUAAAAAGAAAAGUUAAUCAUUGAGAGCGAGAGAGGAGGCGAGAUCGAUGGGGAAGGAACGCAGUGUAGGAAUAGGCAUGGAUUAUUCAGCAACAAGCAAAUUGGCCCUAAGAUGGGCAGUCGAUAAUCUCAUCGAAGAAGGAGAUCGCAUCGUAUUAAUCCACGUUGAGUCACCCAAAGCUGCAACAAGCAGGAAGCAGCUGUUUGAGAACUCUGGAUCACCUUUGAUUCCUUUGGAAGAACUUGUACUGGAGACUAACGUCUCAAAGCAGUAUGGACUUACUAAUGAUCCAGAGGUGCUUGAUAUUCUUGAUAAAGUUUCAAGAAGUAAAGGGGCCAAGGUUGUGGCCAAGGUGUACUGGGGAGAUGCAGGGGAGAAGUUGUGUGAUGCUGUGCUAGAUCUCAAGCUUGAUUCGCUUGUUGUUGGAAGCAGGGGAUUAGGCCUUAUCAAAAGGGUGCUGCUGGGCAGUGUUAGCAACUACGUGGUGACCAAUGCUUCAUGUCCAGUUACAGUUGUCAAGGGGGUGCAAUCAUCCAAACCAUAAAUCUCAAAGGAACUCCUUCAAAUAAUAACAAGUAGUUGUGAAUUAUAAUGUGUUGAAAUUCAAAGAAAUUAGGGCUUGGGGGUAUUUUGUGGGUUUUUUCUUCUUUCCUUUUCUUAAUUAUGCAAUGUUUUUAUUCUGUCAGCUAUGGAUUGAUGGGUAUUUGUUAUGAUAUGAUAUAUGCUCUUUGGCAAAGAUGUUCAUUUUUUCUUGUAAAAGCAAAUAUAUUCAAUUUAAUAUCUUCCAUUUUACUUUA